GCGAGCGAGAGAGAGAGAGAGAGAGAGAUUACACCGCCAGUCACGGUGAGUGCUGUGUGCGCGUUAGGAGGCAGCGCAGCGCGGUGGUUUAACGGAGAGCUACAGGGAUCUACAUUGAGAGAGAGAGAGAGAGAGAGAGAGAGAGAGAGAGAGAGAGAGAGAGAGACGGACAGAGAGACAGAGAGAGAGAGACGGACAGAGAGACAGAGAGAUAACGGGAGGAAGGAAAGGAAAGAUUCCCGGUGGAUGUGUAAAAUGGCGCGAGGGCGCGCGACUCCCGGGGAUCAGCGCUUGUCGUAGCUCGCAGGAGGAAACAGCUUUCUAUUCUUUUCUCAUCCCUUUUUCUCUCUCCUCCUCUAUCCGGUGCGGCUUUGUUUUUAUCCCCGCACACGUUCGGGAAAGUGAUGAACAUGGCGACGGGAAGGCGCCUCCUGGCUGCUGCGCGUCUGCUUGGCAUCUGGCUCUCCGCUUUUGUGGGUGUGAGCUGUGGAGCCGAGCUGUCGUUCACGUUGGAGCCCAGUGACAUCAUCGCCGUACAGGAACAACCACUAAUGCUGCACUGUCAGGUGGAAGGGAUUCCACCAAUCACCACGCAGUGGAGGAGGAACGGUGCGCUCUUACUGGAGGAUAAGAACUACACCACCUUCAUUAACGGCUCGCUGCUGAUUGGCCGAUUCCAGCGAAGCAGGAGCGACGGCUCUUCGGAUGAGGGAGACUACGAGUGUGUGGCCCAGAAUUCCUUUGGGCUGGUCGUCAGUCGCAAGGCCAAAGUACAGGCUGCCACGAUGGCGGAGUUCCACGUGCACCCGCGCUCAGUGCGAGCGGAUUUAACAGGUGUAGCACGUUUUCAGUGCCAGAUCCACGGCCUGCCCGAGCCGGUCAUCAGCUGGGAGAAAGAUGAUCGUGCUGUGGACACAAGUGACGAGAGGUACACACUGUUACCCACAGGUGUGUUACAGAUUACAGGUGUUCGCCUGGAGGACAGCGGAGUGUUUUGCUGUGUAGCUCACAACAGUGCAGGAGUCAAACACAGUGCUGGAGCUCGGCUCACUGUCUCAGGCUCACAGUCUUCUGUUUACAAAGACCCCAUGAUCCUCGUGGGUCCUGAGAACCUCACUCUCACCGUGCACCAGACAGCCAUCUUGGAGUGUGUAGCUACGGGGUUUCCUCGCCCCAUCGUGUCCUGGAGUCGCCUCGACGGGCGUCCGAUCGGCGUUGAAGGCAUCCAGGUGUUGGGAACAGGCAACCUGAUGAUCUCAGAUGUCCGUGUGAAACACUCAGGCGUCUACGUUUGCGCAGCCAACAAACCCGGCACUCGUCUACGUCGAACAGCUCAGGGCCGCCUGGUGGUCCAGGCUCCAGCGGAGUUCGUUCAGCCUCCUCAGUCCGUCGCACGUCCCGUCGGCACCACCGCCAUCUUCACGUGUCUGGCACAGGGUGAGCCGUCUCCUCAGCUCACGUGGCUAAAGAACGGCCAGAUCCUGGAACCCGGUGGUCACGUCAAGCUCAGGAACAACAACAGCACGCUGACUAUCUCCAGCAUCAGCCAGGAGGAUGAAGCGAUAUAUCAGUGUAUAGCGGAGAACAGCGCUGGCUCUUCUCAGGCCAGCGCACGUCUCACGGUCCUGUGGGCCGACGGGUUACCGGGCGUCCCGAGUGGUGUACGCGCGGAUGCCCUCUCGCCCACCUCCAUACAGGUGUCGUGGAACGAGCCAGCUCAAAACACACAGGACAUCAUCGGCUACGUGCUUCACAUCCGCAAGACUGCAGACCCGGUAGAAAUGGAGUAUCAGGAGGCGGUGAGUAAAGUCACGCUCCAGCAAGUGGUCGCUGAUCUCGAACCGUCCACCAGCUACAGCUUCUAUGUGAAGGCUUAUACGUCACGUGGAGCGAGCAAAGCCUCCGCCACAGCACAGGAGAGCACACUCGGAGAAGUUCCUGCUCCUCCGUAUCUGCACACUAAGAUGAUGAACUCCAGUGUGGUUCAGGUGACCUGGGAGCCGUCGGCUAAAAUGGGACAACACGACGGCUUUAAGGUUUAUUAUCGCAAAGCCCACGAGUCUCAGUACACAGGACCUGUCACCCUCAACCGCAACGUCACACACUACUACAUCUCUCUGAUGGAUCCAGUAGCAGUGUAUGAGAUCAAGGUUCUUGCGUUUAAUCAAUACGGAGAUGGAAACGCAACUCUGCGCUUUGUAUCUCUGAAGGAGGCCGUGGAGAAGUCAGUUUCAAAUACUCCAUGUGACUGUAUUAAGGAAGAGAAUAAAAGUUCUGCUACUGGCAUCAUCAUCGGCAUCCACAUCGGAGUCACAUGCAUCAUCUUCUGUGUCCUCUUUCUAAUGUUCAGCUACCGGGGAAGGUUAAUGGUGUGUAAGACAGCUCAAGCCGCUCCUCAGGUGGGACGUGACGUGACGGUUCCUGCAGCAGCCGUGGUCCUGGAGUCUUCCUCGUCUUCACAGGGAGCUCUGCCUCUCAAUGGCUUGCACACGUCCAGCAUCGACAGUAACGGCGUGAACUGCAUCGGUGUCUCGAGCGAGAGGAAAAGACUCGUUUCAGGUCCAACUGAUGCUGCACACAUGAUGGAAAACUUGCUAGCGUCCUGUUCUCUAAACGAAUCUCAGCUCCCUACGCUUCCUCUGGAUGAUUUCAGCCUGAUGGAUGAACACCAGGUAUCUUAUCGCUCCGACGUCCAGGUGGAUGACGGAUAAACGUUGGCUGGUGUCCUAAUAAACAUCCACUCCCUAAAUUCCUCUCCCUCUCAGGUCAACCAAAAACUUUCCUAUUCUCUGUAGUUUUCUUUUCUUUUUUUCUUUCGCAUAGAGUUUAUCAGUUUAAUACACACAUUUACAGGGAAUUCGCUGGACUCUAUAACUGGGAGAGCGUUUUAAAAAAAAGGUGUGAUUCUGCCACGGACUGAUUUCAUCAUUGGAAGGGGAAAAAAAAGUGAGAUUUUUAUUUUAUUUUUUUAUUUUUUUCAGCAGCGCAAAGACACAAUUUGUGUUUUUUUUUUCUUUGUUUGUCUGUUUGUUUUUUGUCCUGCUGCCUGCCAAUGAUUUCACAACCCCAUCCAGCGAAGACUUCAGCCUUUUCUCCAGGGAUUUGAAACUGUUCCUAUUAUCUCAGGAUGUUUUUCUUCCACGAUAUCGAUAUAUUUUUCUUUAAACGACCUCCGGGUUUUAAAUCCCGGCGGCUCCCUCCCCAAAUCCUGGGGUUUACAACAGAAACCUACCUCAGCCGGAAUGAAUGUGUUGUAGGAAGCAUUAUUUUUGUUGUUGUUCUCUUCAUUGUUGUUGUUUUUUUGCCAUUUUCUACAUCACUUCUACUCGUUUUUAUUUUCUUUAACGUGUCGAGCGUUCGGUCAGAAAACAAGAAGAAAACAAGAAGAACGGGUGCUGCCCUACCUCAAACCCCAAGAACCACCGUCGAUCCGAUCUCGUUUAAGGGAAAGCGAGGAAAAAUCUCCAACAUAUAGCACUUCCAAACGUCGAAGUCAAUGUUCUACCUCAAGAUAACAACACCGUUGUUGUCGUUGUGCUUUGUUUUUCAUAAUGAAACGUAUCUUUCUUUCUUUCCUUUCUUUUGUGUGUGUGUGUGUGCGUGCGUGUGCGUGCGUGUGUGUUUACCUCAACGUCACCGAUGCUACCGUUAUAAAUUCUAUUCCUUUUCCACUUUUUGUAAAGUUUUUAUGUAUUUUUUGUACCUUUUUUUUUAAACGUACAGUUUAGUUGAAUCUAAAGGCUGUUAGAGAUGCAUUGCACUUCUACUAAUAAUUUCAGGAUCGAUUUUUAUUCCAUUCUGCGUGUGUUAAGAAGAGAAGAUACUGAUACUGUAUAUCAGCCACGAACACUGUAUGUAUGUAU